CAAUCGACGGCAGUGCAAGACAUGUAAUAAAAGGCAUCCUACCACUCUGCACAUUGAGAACUUUAGGAUGCUUGAUAGCAACAGUGCAAUUGUGUCACAAGCUAGUGCACAGUUUGAAAGUACAGGUCAAGGUUGUGCUAAGGGUCAAGAUGGUACUCAAGGUGAAGGUCGCACUCCAGGUCAAGGUAAUACUCAAAGUCUAAGUAAUGUGAGGUCUUCUGCAUGUACAAUUUCUGAUACAGUGUUGCAAUCAAUCUUGCCUGUGCAAUUACGUGUAAAGGGUAGUGACAAUGUAGUACAAACUUAUGCCUUUUAUGAUACAGGCAGUACAGGUUGUUUCAUUAAGGAUAGUAUCAAGGAUCAAUUAAACUGUAAAGGUAUUGAAACAGCUAUCAAGUUGCAAACAAUGCAUGGGACUGAUACGGUUAAAACCUUUAUUGUAAAUGGUCUUGUUGUUGCUGAUAUACAUGGUAAUAAUGAUGUUUUAUUGCCAAAGGUAUUCACACAAAAGGAUAUUCCUGUUAAUCAUGAUCAAAUUCCAAGGUAUGAAAUGUUAAAGGAUUGGCCUCAUUUAUCAAGUGUUAUUAAUAAGAUUCCAGUGUAUCAGCCAGAGUUAGACAUAGGAAUUUUGAUAGGUAGUAACUCUCCAACAGCUUUACAACCUUUAGAGGUUGUACCCACUUCAGGUUAUGGCCCCUUUGCAGUAAGAUAUUUGCAUGGAUGGACAGUUAAUGGGCCUGUACAUGUUAAGGUUAGUUCAAAUGGGGUUUCAUGUCACAGGUUACUUGUAUCUGAUGUUCAACAUGUUACUGACUGUAUUACUGUUGAAAGUAUUAGGAAGUACUUUGAGUUAGAUUUUUCAGAAAGGGAUCUUGGGUCAGUUCCUGAUGAGCGUGGCUUAUCUUUUGAGGACAUAAGAUUUGUGAAAAGGUGCCAGGAUGACAUUGAAUUUAGAGAUGGUCACUUUCAGCUACCCAUGCCUUUCAGAGAUCUCAAUGUGAAUCUUCCUAACAAUAAGAAGCAAGCUGUUAGCAGAGCUAAGUGGCAAAGGAGGAAGAUGAAGAAUAGUGAAGAUUACAGACAGCAGUACACAGCAUUUAUGGACAAGUUGUUUGAAAAAGGCUAUGCUUACAAGAUCCCAGAUGAUGAGGUCAAUAAGAUUCCUGUUUGGUAUCUUCCUCAUCACGCAGUUUUUCAUCCCAAGAAAGGGAAGAUUAGGAUUGUUUUUGACUGUAGUGCCAAGUUUGAAGGUGUGUCAUUAAAUGAUGUUCUGUUACAGGGUCCAAACCUCACCAAUUCAUUGACAGGAGUACUCAUUAGAUUCCGGCAGGAGGUUUAUGCAUUCAUUGGAGAUAUUGAAGCUAUGUUCUUUCAAAUAAAGAUUCCACCUGAGAAUCAGGACUAUGUUAGAUUCUUGUGGUGGCCUAAUGGUGACAUCAAUCGACCUCUUGAAGAAUUCCGAAUGGCUGUUCACAUUUUCGGAGCAAUCUCAUCACCGAGUAUUGCAAAUACUGCAUUGAAGGCCACAGCAGACAAAGCAGAUGAGAAGUAUGAUUCAACUGUUGGCAGCACCAUAAGGCACAAUUUCUAUGUUGACGACUGUUUGAAGUCAUGUGCUGAUGUUUCUACAGCAGUGAAGUUGGUGAAGGAUUUGGUAUCUGCAACUGGUGAAGGAGGAUUUAGGUUAACUAAAUUUGUCAGCAAUUCAAUUGAUGUCCUUAAAGCUUUGCCUGCUGAAGAUUGUUCGGUUGAAAGUGACAAGUUUAAUCUUGACAUGGAGAGUUUAAUGACAAGAGCCUUAGGAAUGUUAUGGGACCUUAAAGAAGACUCAUUCAAGUUCUCAAUUGAGCUCAAGGAUAAUCCAUUCACCAGAAGAGGAUUGUUGUCAACUAUCUCAUCAUUAUAUGAUCCCCUUGGGUUGCUCUCUCCAAUCAUCUUACCAGCCAAGAAGCUGUUACAAGAAUUGUGUCAAGUUGAGAGUUUGGACUGGGAUGAGAGGAUUCCAGAUGAGCCAGCUGAAAGGUGGCAACAUUGGAUACAAGGUCUUCAUUUACUGGAGCAGCUUUCAAUACCAAGAUGCUUCAAGUCAAGUGGUUUUGGUAAUGUGACAGGUUCAAGUCUUGUAUUAUUCAGUGAUGCAAGUACAGUUGGUUAUGGUGUUGCAGCAUAUCUUGUUCUUCACGAUGGAAACCAAGUUCAGUCAAAUCUUGUCAUGGGAAAAUCAAGAGUAUCUCCCAAAAAGGUGGUGACUAUACCUAGGUUAGAACUUACAGCUGCAACUGUGUCUGUCAAGGUUGCUCAACACAUCCUGAAGGAGUUGGAGUUUACUGUUGGCAAGGUAGUGUACUACACAGAUUCAACAACAGUCCUUCACUAUAUUCAUAGCAACACUAAAAGGUUCCCUGUUUUUGUAGCUAACAGAGUCAGGGUUAUAAGAGACUACUCCCAGCCUGAGCAAUGGGGAUAUGUAAACUCCAGUGAUAACCCUGCUGAUGUGGCAUCAAGAGGUAUUAGUGUACAUCAGUUUUUGCAGUAUGACAAAUGGUUUCAUGGCCCAUCAUUUAUUGCAUCUGAUUAUUUGCCUUCACAGGAGUAUGUGUGUGCAGAUUGUGUUGAUGGUAAGAGUGAACAUGUGUCUGCGGUCACAAUUUCUGAAGAACAUCAUGGGUUUACAAGAUUGAUUGAAUAUUUCUCUUCAUGGUCAAGGUUACAAAAGGCAGUUUCUGUAUUACAACAACUAAAGUCAAUCCUUAGUGGUAAAAGGAAAGGUUGUGUAACCACUGAUGCGGAAAGGGCAAUCAUAAUGUAUGUUCAACGGGAGGCGUUUGGUGAUGAAGUGAAAGCUUUAUCAAGAGAAUUGUCAGUUGGCAAGAGUAGUCCAAUAUAUAAGCUUGAUCCCUUUCUUGAUUCUGAGGAUGGCUUAUUGAAGGUUGGAGGUAGGAUAAGAAGGUCUGACAUUCCACAGUCUGCCAAACAUCCCAUACUGUUACCAAAGAAGCAUCAUGUGACUACAUUGUUGAUACGACAUGAGCAUGAAUUAUUAGCUCAUUCAGGUAGAAACCAUGUUCUCUCAAAUCUAAGGCAGAAGUAUUGGAUCAUCAAUGCUAAUGCAACUGUCAGGAAUGUGUUAUUUCAUUGUGUUACUUGCAGGAAGUUGAAAGAUCCAGCUUUGAGUCAAAAGAUGGCUGAUCUUCCAGCAGACAGAUUGGAACCUUCACCACCAUCCAGUAAUGCUGGUAUUGACCUCUUUGGACCCUAUUACAUCAAGGAAGGAAGAAAUGAGUUAAAGAGAUAUGGUGUGAUAUUUACCUGCUUGGUUAGUAGGUCAAUUCAUAUUGAAACUGCAAACACUUUACAAUCUGACUCUUUCAUAAAUGCUUUGCGAAGAUUUGUUUCUCGAAGAGGUCAUCCCAAGGUUAUCAGAUGUGAUAAUGGAACCAACUUCCAUGGGGCUGAGAGAGAACUUAAGGCAGCUCUUGAUGAGAUGGAGGAAAGGAAGAUUGAGAAGUAUUUGUCGCAUCAUCAUAUUGAAUGGAAAUUCAAUCCACCUGCAGCAAGCCACAUGGGUGGUUGUUGGGAGCGCCAAAUCAGAACAGUUAGAAAGGUGUUGUCUGCACUGGUGAAGGAAUUUGGUGAAAGGCUAAAUGAUGAAAGUUUACGGACUCUGCUUUGUGAGGUUGAGAGCAUCGUCAAUUCAAGACCGUUAACCACUGUAAGUGACAGCGUAGAUGACCUUGAGCCACUAACUCCAAACCAUUUGUUGAUUCCAAAAUCUUAUGUGAUCCCUCCCCCUGGCUUGUUUCAAAAGGAUGAUGUUUAUAUGAGGAGAAGGUGGAGAUGCGUUCAAUAUCUGACCAACCUGUUUUGGUCAAGAUUUAGAAAGGAGUAUUUGAGCACUUUACAGACUAGACAAAAGUGGAAUGAACCAAGAAGAAAUCUAAUUGUUGGCGAUGUGGUCUUGGUAAAGAGUGACAUUGAGCCAAGGAAUCAGUGGCCAAUGGGGCGAGCGAUAGAAGUAUACCCUGAUGACAAAGGAAUAAUUCGCAGUGCCAAGAUUAAGACACUUUCUUCUGUUAUUGCCCGUCCUAUUCAGAAGCUAGUGUUAUUAGUUGAAGGCUAGGAUUUUCAUGUUAAAUGUAACGUGAUAAUAUUUUGUUCUUAUGGCCUAUCAUUUGAUAUUAUAUAUUAUUUGAGUUAUGAAAAUUUUUAAUUUUGUUUAGGUGAAUAUGUGAAUCAUGAAAGUGUUUUGAAUUCAAAGAGUUUGUAUUGUAACUUAAAGGUUAUUUAUUGUGUCUGCAUGAGUAGGUGUAUAUUUUGAUAAACAGGUUUAAUCUGUUUAUGGGGCUGAGUAUGUUAAUGCAGAAACACAAACCCAUCUAGUUGGUAAAACAAUGUCGUUAAUUUUGUAAGUGGUAGUUAAAGAGUUGAGAGGUGUAAACAAAUUACGAUUUCAUCUCACUUCCUAAAAUUAUGAAGUCUCUUUGGCAGUUCAAGCAAGGUCUUCAAGGAGUACGGUUGUAUAUAUUUCGUAAUUCAAAGGAUUCAUUUUGGGCACACAGAUGUAAGUUUUUUGACGAACUUAUAUAUAUUUGCUUUAUAAGUCUUAUUCAUUUAAGCGUUAAAAGGUGUAAAUUGGUUUAUUUGUGACGUUUAACAUUUGAUUGUCCUAUAAAUAUGACAAAUGUGAUAUAAUCAAAGGAGGUUUAAAGUGGCAAUGAAAGUGUCUUGUUUAGAAAAGUAUAUUUAAUUAGCUUUGCAAGAUGUAUUAAGGUACAUUAUGUCACCGUUAUGACUUAUUGAAUAUUAUGGGUUAUUUAAUAAUGUAUUUAAAGUUUGCAAUAAUUCCUUUCAGGAAUGAACCUACUACUACUACUACUACUACUACUACUACUACUACUACUACUGUUAACGGAAUAAAGGUUAAAGUUGAGUUUCUGAGUU